AUGAGUUCCAAGACUGAGAAUCCGCAAUUUGAUAUCCCCGCUUUUUGCAAAGCCGGCGUUGUCGUCGACGAGGGCCCUGAUUUUCGGGUUGAGGUGCAGAUGGUACCGGUCCCUGAGCCUGGACCCGAUGAUAUCCUGAUUCGGCUCAAUUUCACCGGCCUCUGCUCGUCUGAUAUCCAUAUGAUGAAAGGCGAUCUCGGUGUACCACCGAUGUCCACAUUCGGCGUGCGAUCUCCGGGCCACGAAGGCGCCGGUAUCGUUGUAAAGGCCGGCGCUAACGUUAAGAACUUCAAGCUGGGUGACAGGGCAGGUAUCAAGCCGAUCACUGAUACGUGCGGAUCUUGUGCGAUGUGCUGGGAUGAUAAGGAGACCUAUUGCAAGACGGCUAUUCAUACUGGUUUGAUGACAUCUGGUACAUAUCAACACUACAUUGUUUCCCCGGCUCGAUACGCGUCGCCUAUUCCAGAUGGCGUCCCCGAUGAAGUCGCUGCACCGAUUAUGUGUAGCGCAAGCACGAUGUAUCGUUCACUUGUGGAAUCAAAUCUUCACGCUGGAUCCUGGGUGGUCUUCCCAGGCGGAGGCGGAGGCGUGGGAAUUCAGGGCGUACAACUCGCUAAAGCUAUGGGAAUGCGACCUAUCGUCGUAGACACGGGCGACUCUAAGCGCGAAUUAUCCCUUAGAAUGGGAGCAGAGGCUUUUAUCGAUUUCAAAGAGACCGAGGACCCCGUCAAAUCCGUGAUCGAAACUGCGGAUGGGGUAGGAGUCCACGGUGUUUUCGUCACUGCACCUGCAGCGUACAAAAAUGCGGUCUCGUAUGUUGGUCAGCGGAUUGGGGCUGUCGUCAUGUGUAUUGGAAUGCCGCCUGCUGGUUCGACAGUUUUAGGGGCCGAUCCCUGUGAGUUUAUCUUCAAGAACCUUAGUAUUAAGGGGUCUUUGGUGGGUACUCGGAGUGAUACUGCUGCUGCGUUAGAUUUUGCCAAGCGGGGUAUGCUGCAGCAAGUUUCUGAGAUUUAUCCUAUCAAUCGGUUGCCUGAAGGAGUUGAGAAGUUGCGAAAGGGGCAGGUGGCAGGGCGGAUUGUAGUGAAUUUCAAUUGGGAGGAGUAA